AUGGCAGUCGAACUAUCGGUCGAGCGCGCGGGGUCGCGGAGACUACAUGCAGCGAAGGCCACGAGGGUCCUUCCAUGGGCAGUAUCGGAGGCCGGGAAGGCGCUUCCGUCCUUUCUAUGGGCGGAGCAGGGGAGCGCUGGCAGGCCGACGACUUUGCCUCCUAAGUCUGUUCUUGACAAGCAUCGGAGGAGUUUGGAGGUGCCUCCACCGGACCUGAGGUACCCGGGAUACUACUACGAUGCAGAGGCAGAAGAGAUUUGCGACAAGCUGACCACCGUGAUGGAGGAGGAGGAGGAGGAGGAGGAGGUGUCUCGGAAGCGAAUGAUCAGCCCGAGCUCUCCGCCAAUGCGCAAGCGCAGCAUGCGAGAGUCUGCGGAGGAGAUCUGUUUCGACGAGCCCGAGGAGGAGAGCUCUGGGUUUCAGGCUGAACUGGAAGAAUUCGAGGAGAGUGUGCCUGGGGAGACCUGGCCGAGCUACGAGCUGGCUUGGAAGCCUCUAGACCCAGAUACCGUGCUUGAAAUCGACGAGGAGGAAGCGAGAACAAGAGAGUACGAGGCCCUCCAGGAACAGUUCAUCCGGCAGCACAGGAAUAUCCUUCUCACCUUCACGCCAGAGCAGAACAAAACUCUCCAUGAGGCCAUGGUGGCUCAGGGACGGGAGCCGCCGAAUCUUCCUGUGGCGACUCAAAGCCCUGCCAUCGAAGUCGAGAACAAGACCGAACAUGACAACUCAACUUACGUGAACUUCGCGUCGAAGGGGAAAGUCUUCGACAGCCUGAACGAACUGGAGGUGGAGGAGGCGGAGGAGUGGUGGGGGACCCUGACUGGCUACCUUCAGUCGCUGGUGGGGAGGCAAGCUGCUGCGUACUGGGAGAACAGGACCAAGGCUAUGAACGACUCCAUUGCUAUGACGUACUGGCAGAUGGCCUUCUUCCUUGACAACUUCUCCACCUUCAUCUCCAACUACUCCUUCAUCGAUGAGCUCAAUCUCACCAUCGAUGAGGACAAGGAGAUUGUGGAUGAGGCAAGGAGGUCGGCAGAGUUCAUGAUGGAGAUGUUGACGGCGACAGAUGUCUUGUUCCAGCAUGCGGAGGGCAAGAAUAUCAUGCCAAACACGUCCAUGGGGCAACGAACAACGUUGAGCACGCGCAAGGGGCCUCGUCCGCGGAAAGAUCCUGAGGACCGAUGGAAGGGCAAGUGGCGGAACCCUUCUCCUCCUCCCGUGCUCCACCCUGGCACUCCAUCCUUCAAGUAUCCUCCCAGCCCCAGCACACCCUCGUUCGGAGGGAGGUUUGCUGCUGACGCCGCUCAGUUUGAAAGUUGGAGGAGCUCGAUUCCAGGCUCCCAGGCGGCUCCUUUCUACCACCAGCCCUCCAACCUUCACUUGGUCGCCCUGGCACAACGACUCGGCAUCCAGCUCAAGUACACGGAGCCCCCGGAGAGCUCUCUGCCCAAGAAGCCAUGGAGGCUCUACGAAUUUUCCGCCGGGAACUGCGUGCGCAUCAUCGAUGUCUCAUCAAACUCUUACUACCUCAUCGGGCGGGAAGGAGCCGUUCGACAGAUCUUGGGGGCUCGAUCGGUCAUCCUGGACCAUCACACCAUCUCAGGGCAGCACGCGGUGAUCCAGUACCGCUCCAACAUCAAGAGAUCGGAGCACAUGACGAUCCUGAGGGACGAGAUGCAGCAGGACGACAAGAUCGAGGAUGGAGAUCCCUACUUCAUCGACCUGGGGUCGACCAACGGGAGCUUUCUCAACGGCAUGCCAACAGAGCCCAUGGUCUUCUACCGCCUCAAGAACGCCGACACCCUUCGGUUUGCCCUCUGUGAAAGCGAGUUCGUCCUCUUGUUCGGAGACAAUUCAAUCGCUCCCACCUACAGAUGA